AUGCCUCCUAAAAAGUCAACGGGUCCUCCGCCCCAGUCGGAUGAAUCCGGCUCAGACUUUGAAGAAGAGCCCGCCAGAAAACCCCAGAAAAAGCCAUCAAAGUCAUCAAAGCCAUCGAAAUUCUCUAAACAAGAAAAAGAAAAGGAAUUAGAUCCAGAAGAAGCGUUAAAGAGAGCCGCCGACACGAUUUUCGACGGGAGCGAAGGAGAAGAUGACGAUUCUGAUCUUUUUGCAUUGGAGAUUCCACCCAGACCAGAUUUUCUUGUUAGACCAAAUAAAAAAGAUCGUCUGAUGAUUCUAAAUGUGGAAGUUAACAAUUUCAAAAGCUACUACGGCAAAGCCUCCAUCGGGCCAUUUCAUAAAAGUUUCACAUCCAUCAUUGGACCCAACGGUUCAGGAAAAUCGAAUCUUAUCGACUCACUUUUAUUUGUUUUCGGUUUUCGAGCCUCCAAAAUUCGUUCUGCAAAAGUGGCCAACUUAAUUCAUAAAAGUGCUGGAAGAGAGCCCGAUUCGUGUACUGUCACUAUUCAUUUCCAGAGAAUUGUGGACGUGCCUGGGCACUACGAAGUUGUCAAGGAUUCGUUGUUUGAUAUCUCUCGUACCGCCUAUAGAAAUAGUUCCAGUUCAUAUGCUAUCAACGGUAGACCUGCUUCGAAGAACGAAGUGGAAGCACGUCUCCGUCUCGUUGACAUCGAUAUUGAGCACAAUAGGUUUUUGAUUCUUCAGGGAGAGGUGGAACAAAUUGCUAUGAUGAAGCCAGUGAAAACUACUAAAUCGGAGACAGGAAUGGUCGAAUAUUUAGAAGACAUUAUCGGAUCGAAUCGUCUGGAGCGCUUUGUCAAAAAAUUUCAGCGAAGAGUGAAUAGGCUCAAUUGUGACUUGUCGCAACAAAGAAUCGCUCGUGAUCACGCAAGGAACAGCAAAAUUGCUAUGGAAGGUCAAGUCAGAACUGCGAUUGAGUUUCUGAAUAAAGAAAAUGAAGCUAAGACGAUUGAAAUGAAGCUCAAUCAGAGAAGAAAGAAAAAAUAUAAGGAUCGAGCUGCACCAAAACAAGCUGAGCUCGAUAAACAGAAAGAAGAGAUGAAGGAGAUAGCUGCGAAGCUGGAUGAAAACAAAAGUGAGAGCAAAAGUGCAGAAGACGAAGAAAAGAAGUUGAGUAAAGACCGUUUAAAAAUUGAAAAGGAAAUCGAUCAAUUGACUAAAGAAAUCGAUGAUUUGUCAGCUGAAGAAACGCGCAGAAGGGAGACGAUCAAACGAUACGAGACAGAUAUUUCGAAAACGGAAGCAGAAAAGGAUAAAGAACAGAAAAAAAGAGCAACUUUUGUUUCUGUUCCUGAAAAAGCAGAAAAGAAACUUGCAAAAUGGAAAGAAGAGGUGGAACAAUUGAUCGAGACUGAGGAUACAGCAAAUGCAGCAGCAGAUAAUAAUCUCGAAGAGUUCGAAAAACGUGCUGAAAAGCUAAAAGAAGAACAGAAGAAGGCUCAAGAGGCGUGGUCCAAAAGUAAUACUGCAUUUAUCAGUGCUCGAAGUGAGGCUACUGUCGCACGUAAUGAAUAUGAGGACAUGAACAAGAUGGCAAAUUCUGGAUCAAAAAAACUUGAUCAACUGAAAGAGCGUUUGAAAACGACAGAAGAGAAGUUCAUUAAAGAAAAAGAAGAGAUUGAGAAACUAAGGCCGGAGGUAGACUCAUGGAACGAGAAACUAAGAAAUCUCAAAACAAGCUUGCCAACUGUCCGGGAAGAGGCCAAAACAACGAACUUAGCCCUAAACCAAUGUCAAGAACGUCUAGAUGUACUUCGUCAGCAGAAUUCAUCGGGCUCCGGAGGUAGCCAUCUCGUGAAAAUGCUGAUGAAAGAAAAACAAGAGGGUCGAAUUCCGAGCUUCAUUGGUCGUCUUGGUGAUCUUGGUUUGAUUGACAAGAAAUAUGAGGGUGCUAUUUGUACAAAUUAUGGCGCUAUUCUCAACAAUCUAAUUACUGGGACUUCCGAUGACUCUAAGAAAAUUAUGAACUUUUUGUACAAGAACAAACUUCCACGGACUACGAUUCAAUCACUCGAUCGCGUACCACAAGUCAGAGCAGAAGACAUGGCACCUGUUCCAAAAGAUCGUUAUCCCGGGCCUCGUUUAUUCGACCUCAUCGAGUGUGAGCCUGAAGUCAGGCACAUUUAUUAUAGGACAGUUCGCAAUGCCGUCGUUGCUGAAUCAACAACUGAAGCCUUAAAAAUGAACAAAAUGAGUUCUUGUAAAAAUGUGAACAUCGUUACACUUCAAGGUGCGAUGGUACAAAGUUCUGGUUCCAUUACCGGUGGAGGACAGACUUUAAAAGGAUUUAUUUUGACUGAUAAAAACAAAAAGCCUAAAGAAGUCACAGCGGAAGAUAGGAGAGCUGAAAAAGAAUUGACAGUAGAGGUGGCGCAACUGCAGACAAAAUCCGAUGAGUUGCGAGAACAAGAGCAUAAGCUUGAUGCACAAUUGAUUGAGGCUCGUCGUAAGGUCCACGAACUCGAACAACGGUUGUCCAUUGUGACGGCAACAGUAGACUCCGAAGGCGAAAACAUAAAAUCUCUCAGAAAGGCAGUAGAGAAUCAAGAGAAGGAAGCAUCCAAGGUGAAAGUAGACGCAAAGGAAUUGGAGGCUAAGAAAAAACUCGCAGAGGAGUUCGAAAAAAAACAAGAUGAGCUGAGCGAAGAAGCUGAAAUUACUAGAAAGCGUCAAGCCGAAGUUCAAAGUAAGCUCGAUGGAAUUUUCAAAGAACUAGUUCAAUGUCAUCGUGAUGAGGCAAAAGACGCUUCGACCAAGCGUGCUAAGCUCGAGAAGGACAUGGCGAAGGAAACCGCGAAUGUGACGAAUUCUGGAAGAAACAUCGCUAAAUGUGAUGAAAACAUUGUUAGGAUGGAAAAGGAGAUUGAAAAGAAGAAGCAGAUGUGUAUCGACUUGGAGGAAAAAGCUAUCGACGGAGAAGGAUUAGAGGGGAAGAAAUCGGCUCUUGAAGAGGUUGAAAAGAAGAAAACAGAUGUGGAAACUCAGUAUAAGGAUAUAAUGAAAAAGCAAUCAGAACUGUCAGAUGCUGAGACCAAAUUAGAAGAAGAGUUGAGAAAAUGUAAUGAAGUAAUCAUGGAAUUGAAAGAGAAAAUGAAUGCUGACACUAUGAAAGUGAAGGAAAUUCAAAAAAAGUUGGAUGGUCUUCAAGUAAACCGUAUUCCACGAUUUCAAUUUCUCACGCAAUCGAGUCGCCCUGAAGAUCUGGCCAUGCAAUUCGAUGAUGAGUUGCCGGUCGAUGAGAAUCAAUCUCCUGAAGAGAACGAAAAGCAAAAGAAGCAUAUGGCAUGUGUUCUCAGUGAUCGUGCAUAUGCUAUGGAAUUUGAACUACGACAAAAAGUGUUAAAAAACACCGAAUCGUAUGAAGAUGUCGAUGGUGAUAAGAUGGUACAAAUUCAGUACUUGACGGAUGCGGAAGUGGAUGAGAUUUCUGACCGUGAUGCGGAAGAACUCCAAUUCAAACUGAAAACAUGUGAGCAACAACUCGAGACGAUGAAAUCUAAAGUAGAUCUCUCGUGCAUCGAUGCUUACGUUGUGAAAGUUAACCAAUUCAAUGAACAAGUAAUCAAGUUUGCAAUGGUUCAUGAAGAUCAUAGAAAGCAUAAUGAAAAACUUCAAGCUAUCAAGAAAGAUAGACUAGAAGAAUUCCAUUCUGCUUUCGAGUUCAUCGGAAAACAUUUAGUAGCUGUUUACAAGAUGUUAACUGAUGGAGGUGAUGCUAAAUUGGAGUAUAUCGAUAAAGACGAUCCGUUCAAAGAAGGAAUCAGUUUCAUGGUUCGCCCUGCGAAAAAGGCUUGGAAGCAAAUCCAGUUUUUGUCAGGAGGCGAAAAGACUCUAUCUUCUCUUGCACUCAUUUUUGCUCUUCAUAUGUUUAGACCAACUCCUUUCUACGUAAUGGACGAAAUUGAUGCUGCUCUGGAUUACCGAAACGUGUCAAUCAUCGCUCAAUACGUUCGACAGAAGACCGAGAACGCUCAGUUCAUCAUCAUUUCUCUGCGAAACAACAUGUUUGAAUUGGCCAACCGUCUAGUUGGAAUUUAUAAAGUUGAUGGAUGUACUCAAAAUGUUGCUAUCGACCCGCAAAAAGUGUGUGAAAUGGCUAAGGGAAUUUCGGAUAGUUUAGGGCAAAUUACGUGCACUCUUCCUGAAGAAAUCACCCAGCAAUUCAGUGAAACAAUGAGUCGCCAAAGUAAAGAAAUAACCGCACAAGAGAAACAGUAUCCAAACUUCCCAUCUUCCUCGGAAAUUUCGAAGGCCGAAAAGAUUGUCAGUGUUGAAGGACGUGUGAGGAAGCAAUUAAAUCAUACAGCCAGUGACACAACUUCUGGGUCGAGGCCACAGUCAAAAGCUGCAACACAAGCCAAUGCAACUGAAAGACAGACUUUUAAUAGACCUGAGUCUCGAGCGAACCAAAUAAAAAUUCCAAAUCCUCGACUUGUUGAACGAGCAGCUUCGCAAACAUCACGCACGCCGAGAAAAGAAAGAAACACUGAAGCCGAUGAAACGACUCCACCCGCCAAACGUUCCAACUCGACUACAAGCAAAUCUCCAGCGAAACCUGUAGCGGGUAGAUCUACAAAGAAAAAGAAGUCAAUGUCGGACGACGAUGAAGAUUCGGAUUGA